GGAAGUUGCGAAGGAAGCCCCGUUGUAAACCCGCAACAAGCUAACAUUAGCAGGGCAGAAUACAGAGCCGCCCUGUGCACCGAAAAGAGGAAUAACAGCAGCCAACGCGUACAGUAUAGAUCUCGAUUUCACGCCAUGGUGUAUUUAUAAGUUGUAUCUGCAUUUCGUUGGCGUGGAAACGAUAUUGCACGGAAAAACGAGGCGUCGUGAUAGUCCGAACGAAGCAUGCCUGCGUCUGACAGCUAGCAGAAAGGAAAUGUUGCCAGAAACGCUAGCGGAGUAGUUAGCAAUGGUGUCGAAAAAUUGGCUUCAAACCACAAUUACAGAGCAAGAUUCGGGUUAGUUUGCGCUGUAGAGGAUUACGAUUGCAGGAAGUGUUAAUCAAUAGCGUUAAAGUCAAUUUUAAGAGCAUAGGAGUAGUGCAACAACAACAAUUCAACAUCCAUGGUGGGGUGUUGGGUCUGCGCUUGAACGCAUCGUGCAGGAGUGCCAUAAAAUGCUGUAAUCCAAUCUCGACGUCGUUUAACACCGCUAAGGUCGUGAGAGAUCGUCGAGGGAUAUUGAUCAAAAGCAGAAUGAUACGUCUGUGUAGUUUUAUUAGCCUCCACCAGCAUCUUCACAGCUAACGACAGCUAACUGCGGAGCUGCCUGGGCAAAACUCAAAUGCUGGCGUCGAUCGGGGAUUAAUCGAAGACUGAAAACCUAAAGAAAUCAUCUGUGAAAUGGCGUCAGAGGAAGCAUCACUGCACGCCCUCGAAAACCUCAUGACAGAGUUUUUCACAGUUGUACGACCAAUGAGCGAAAGAGAGAAAUAGAGGAGCUGCUGAAUAACUUUGCGCAGCAGACCGGAGCAUGGCGCCACUGCCUCUUCUUCCUCUCCCACACGCGCAACGAGUACGUCAUGAUGUACAGCCUCACAGUAUUUGAAAAUUUGGUGAACAGGAUGUGGAUUGGGGUCGCCUCUCAAGACAAGAUGGAGAUCCGCAGCUGCCUGCCCAAACUACUGCUCGCUCAGCACAAAAACGUCCCCUAUUUCAUUAGGAAUAAACUCUGUAAGGUCAUAGUGGAUAUCGGUCGACAGGACUGGCCAAUGUUCUACCAUGACUUUUUCACAAGUACACUGCAGCUAAUCCAGACCCCAGCGUUGGCUCAGUUAGGGUUAAUUAUGCUCAAAACCACGUCAGAGGAACUUGCCUGUCCUCGGGAAGACCUCAGCGUGGCUAGAAAAGAGGAGUUGCGUAAACUGUUGAUGGAGCAGGUGCCAACUGUGCUUGGACUGUUAACAGGUAUCCUUGAGACCUACUGGGACAAGCACAGCAUCAUCGCGUCAACUCCACCUCCAUCACCAACCUCAGGGGAAAGUGUGGAAUUGCUUGGGAACUUAUUUCAGGGAAGCCAAUACUCCAAGUUGCUCUGCCAGCCCAUGGCAGCCCUGGACAGCGAGAGCCACCAGCUCUGUUGCCUGGUGUUAGAAUGUCUGGCUCAUCUUUUCAGCUGGAUCCCACUGUCCACAAGCAUCACUCCCACUCUCCUCGCCUCCAUUUUUCACUUUGCGCGUUUUGGCUGCGACCUCCGAACCAAAGCCAAAAUGAGCUCCUUCAUCUCCAACUCCUCUUCAUCAAACGGACAGCCCCAUCCCAUCACCACAGCCAACGGCGGAGGCAGGAACGGGCAGCAGACGGAGAUGACUAAAGUGGAGCGCGCACGCCUCGGGGUGCUCGCCAUGACCUGUGUCAAUGAACUGGUGUCAAAGAACUGUGUGCCAAUGCAUUUCGAGGAGUAUCUUUUGAGGAUGUUCCAGCAAACGUUCUUCCUCUUGCAAAGACUGACGCGUGAAAACAACGCCCACACUGUCAAGAGUAGACUCCAAGAACUAGACGAGAGUUACUUGGAGAAGUUCACAGACUUCCUUCGCCUGUUCGUCAGUGUUCAUCUGAGGCGGAUCGAGUCUAGUCCACAGUUUCCCAUUGUGGAGUUUCUCGGCCUGCUUUUCAAAUACACCUUUAACCAGCCCACACAUGAAGGAUACUUUGCCUGUCUGGAUAUAUGGAGUGUAUUUUUAGAUUAUUUAACAACAAAGAUCAAAAGCAGACUGGCAGACAGAGAAAGUGUGCUGAAUAGUUACAAAGACGCGUUGGUUCUACUUUUACGGGAAGUGUUGAAUCGCAUACAGUUCAGGUAUAACCAGGCACAGUUAGAAGAGCUGGAUGACGAGACGCUGGACGAUGAUCAACAGACUGAGUGGCAAAAAUACCUGCGUCAGAGUUUGGAGGUUGUUGCCAAGGUGAUGGAGCUGCUCCCGUCACACGCUUUUACUACAUUGUUUCCUGUUCUUCAAGAAAAUCUAGAUGUGUAUUUGGGUUUGCAGCAGUUUAUUGUAACCACUGGUACAAGUCGCAGGUUGAACAUCAGUGCAGAGAAUGACUGCCGGCGCCUGCACUGUUCUCUCAGGGACCUCAGCUCUCUGCUCCAGGCCGUGGGGCGUCUGGCUGAACACUUCAUCGGAGAGGUGUUUGCUGCCCGAUUCAAUGACGCUCUAGCUGUAGUGGAGAGGUUGGUUGAAGUGACCUGCUAUGGUUCUCAAACGAGCCUUUAUGACCUGGAGACUGCUGUGCCUUCUGUGUUAAAACCAGACCUCACUGAUGUACACGCACAGGCCCUGGCUGCUUUGCAAGCCUACUCCCAUUGGCUCGCCCAGUUUUACAGUGAGGUCCACGGCCAAAACCAGAGCCAGUUCAUCAACCUCAUCACGUCUGCUGUAGAGGCCUGUAGCCCUCUCAUUACAGCUAAGGUACCUGAAAAGCUGCUUCUGUCUGCAUGCCAUCUGAUGGUGUCCCUGACCUCUACAGUACGGCCAGUAUUUCUGGUGACUCUGCCCACUGUCCAGAACAUCUUCAAUCUCAUCACAGACAACCAGGCCCCCCGACUGCCUCAGGAGGCCCACAUGUUGGUGUGCCGAGCUCUGUCCAACAUGUUCCUCCUGCCAUGGCCAAACUUGCCCGAGAGCGAGCAACAGUGGCAGUCACGCUCCAGUAACCACGCCAGCCUGAUCGCCGCCCUCACCAGAGAGUACCGAAUCUUACGAGGCACUGUGAAUGUUACCCCACCCCAACCCGCUCUAGAUAAUGUGAAAGCAGUGAUACAACAGACCCUACCUGUGCUGAGGGACAUAGUGGACAGUAUUUCUGGAGAAUCCACCAAAUCUCGCCAAAUCUGCUACCAGAGUCUGCAGGAGUCUGUCCAAGUGUCACUCAGCCUUUUCCCAAUUUUCAUACAACAACCAGAUGUGACUGAUGAAAUGCUGGCCUUCUUCCUGACCCUGUUCCAGGCCCUCCGAGUCCAGAUGGGGGUUCCCUUCACGGGGCAGAUCAUCCACACAUUUCUUAGCAUGUUUACCAGAGAGCAGCUGGCAGCGAGUAUCCUGCAGGAUGGCAGUGCCGGGUGCAGGGUAGUCCAGAAGUUUCUAAAGAUUCUGCAAGUGGUGGUUCAAGAACAUGGUCAGGCCUUCAAACCGUUCCUGCCCAGUAUCCUCUCUCUCUGCAUGGAGCAAGUGUACCCAGUGGUGGCAGAGCGUUCUUCACCUGAUGUCAAGGCAGAGAUGUUUGAAUUACUUUACCAAAUACUUCACCAAAACUGGAGAUACUUCUUUAAAACUUCAGUCUUAACAACAGUCCAAAAAGGAGCCUCAGAGGAUGUCAUGGAGAACGAGGCUCAGUUCACCGCUGCCAUGCAGGCGUUUGGGCAGUCCUUCCUGCAGCCCGACAUCCACAUUUUUAAACAGAAUCUUUCUUAUUUAGAGUCUCUAAACAGCAAGCACAAGCUGUAUCACAGAAAGCUUUUUAGGACCUCCAUGCUGUUCCACUUCAUCAAUGUGCUGCUGCAGGUCCUUCUGCACAAAAGUCAUGACCUUCUUCAGGAGGAAAUCACACUGGCCAUCUACAACAUGGCCUCAGUGGACUUCGAUGCCUUCUACUCGGCCUUCAUGCCAGAGUUUCUCAACGGUUGUCAGGGAGUGGACAGCAACCAGCGAGCCGUUCUUGCCCGUAACUUUAAGCUUGAGCGGGAUCUUCCCUCGUUCACUCAAAGUGUGCAGCGGUUGGUGAACGACCUUCGCUACUACAGACUCUGUAAUAGUAGCUUGCCCACAGGCACCAUCAAGCUAUAGCACAUAGAUGAAGCACUCCACGUGAAUAGUAUUUUUAAAGACUGCUUGUGCUGACCACUUUGCCCCACGCUCCAAACUCGCUUUACUGGACCUACUCAGAGUGGUAGGGAGGACUGAACACAGGGUUUGGAGUUGCUGCUGAUAGUCUGAGUUCUACUGUAGAAGGAGGUGUUGUUGUGAACCAUGUGUUGCCAAUGAGGAUUUGGCAGAAGCGUAAACCUGGUCUGCCAUGGACCUGGAACCUCUGAGCCAGGCCUUCUUUCCCACGCCUCUGCACCAUGCGAGGAGGGACUGAGCACUUUCAACUCAUUCUGAGUUUUUAAAAUGUCUGCUUUUAUUCAUUUUGCCUUCAAAUGUCUAAUCUCCGAAGGAGACCACUGUCAACUUAAGAUCUUUCAUAUCAUUCCAUGAAAAUGAAAAGAAACUGCUUAAUUAAUAAAGUUCUUUUUUAGUAAAAUUAA